AUGAUUGUAAUAUAUAACGGACCUCUUUUCCUGGUGUUGAAACCUUGGAGUCUCCGGUCAAGGACCCGAGUCACGUCUAUCUGCACAAGAGCCGAGGAAGAAUUCUACGAGCUUUCCAGACAAUUGAGCAAGCGCUCUGAAGUCGUGAAAAGCACUGCCAGACUUUCCGACAUAACGACAGCUGGUCAAGACCUCGAGAAAGGAGUCGAGAAAGUCGACGAGGCCGAAGAAACCUUUGACCUUCGUGAAUACUUGACGUCGUCCAAUGACCAAAAUCAAAAAGCCGGUAUCAAACAUAAGAAUGUUGGUGUCAUUUGGGAUGGUCUGCAGGUUGAAGUCGCAGGAGGCUUAAACAGCAAGAUUUACAUCCCUACACUCGCGGACGCUACCGUAUUUUUUGUCUUGACUCCUGUAUUCUGGCUCUGGGGCCUUAUUUCGCCGUAUAUUCUACCGAAGCGACAGGCGCCUACGAGGACGAUUCUCCACGAGUCUUCAGGGAACCUCAAACCUGGGGAAAUGUGCCUCGUCCUUGGUUGCCCAGGAUCUGGUUGCACCACUUUUUUGAAAGCCAUCGCCAACCAACGGGACGAAUACGCGAAGAUCUCUGGCGAAGUACUCUAUGCUGGAAUCUCCGCACAAGAGAUGGCCAAAUAUUACAAAGGCGAGGUCGUUUACAACCCAGAAGAUGACAUCCAUAUCGCCACCCUGACCGUCGCACAGACCUUGGCAUUCGCUUUGUCAACGAAGACGCCUGGUCCUAAUGGCCGGUUGGCCGGUGUUUCACGCAAACACUUCGAUGCCGAGGUUUUGAAUACACUCCUUCGCAUGCUCAAUAUCUCGCACACGAAACAGACUCUCGUCGGUGAUGAAUUCGUUCGUGGUGUGUCGGGUGGUGAACGAAAACGCGUGAGUAUAGCCGAAAUGAUGGCUACCCGUGCUAGGGUUCAAUGCUGGGAUAAUUCCACUCGGGGUUUGGAUGCGUCAACUGCCUUAGACUUCGUAAAAAGCUUGCGAGUCAUGACCGAUGUUCUCGGCCAAACCACAUUUGUGACUUUGUACCAAGCCGGUGAAAGCAUUUACGACCUCUUUGACAAAGUUCUGGUUCUCGACGAAGGCCGCCAGGUGUUCUACGGACCUCCCGACGAGGCCCGCGCGUAUUUCGAAGAUUUAGGUUUUAAAUCUCUACCUCGUCAAACGACCGCCGACUAUCUCACUGGCUGUACCGACCGCAAUGAACGGCAAUUUGCCCCUGGCCGCUCUGCGCACGACGUCCCUUCGACGCCCGAAGCACUUGAAGCAGCAUUUCUCAAAUCGUCCUGUGCCCUCGUUAAUGCGACCAGGUUGGAAGACUAUAGGCACUACAUGAUGACCGAGAAGGCCGAUCAAGAGGCUUUCCGAGCAGCUGUAGCGGCCGACAAGAAGAGGGGUGUUUCGAAGAAGAGUCCCUACACUCUUGGAUUUACUGGCCAAGUCCGUGCCCUCACCAUCAGGCAGUUCCAGCAGAAAAUCCAAGAUAGGUUCCAACUCUAUACAAGCUUUACUUUGGCAUGGAUUCUCGCGCUGGUCAUUGGUGCUGCUUUCAUCAACCUACCAACCACUUCAGCCGGUGCCUUCACCCGUGGUGGUGUUAUAUUCUCGGCUCUACUCACGACCUGUCUCGAUGCUUUUGGAGAGAUGCCUAUGCAAAUGAUCGGACGCCCCAUUUUGCGCAAGCAGACGAAUUAUAGCCUCUACAGGCCCUCAGCCACCGCUGUCGCGAAUACCCUGUCUGACAUGCCAUUCUCGGCGGUCCGCAUCCUGGUAUUCAACAUAAUUGUCUACUUCAUGUCUGGCCUUCACCGCUCCGCGGGAGGGUUCUUCACGUUCCACUUGUUCAACUAUAUUGCGUAUCUCGUCAUGCAAGGGUUCUUCCGGACCUUCGGCCUCAUUUGCUUCAAUUUCGAUGCUGCCUUCCGCCUCGCAGUUUUCUUCAUCCCAAAUUUCAUCGAGUAUACUGGCUAUAUCUUACCAGUUGUUAGUAUGAAAAGAUGGUUAUUCUGGAUCUAUUACAUCAACCCUGUUGCUUAUGCCUGGCAAGCGUGCAUGGAAAACGAGUUUAUGCGCAUUGUUCUCACUUGUGACGGCAAUUCUAUCAUCCCGAGAAACGGUUUGGGCCUCAAUCUGUAUCCUUCUGGCCUUGGACCUAAUCAAGCUUGCACACUCUUUGGAGCACAAGGUGGCAGCGAUAUCAUAAACGGCGCAGCAUACCUAUCCGUUGGAUAUGGUUUAGACGUCAAGGAUCUCUGGCGCCGCAACUUCCCCGUGUUGUUCGGUUUCUUCAUCGUCUUCCAGCUCACCCAAGUUGCUGUACUCGAAUUUAUUCCUCAAUUUGGCCAGAAUAUGGCUAUCAAAAUAUUUGCCAAGGAGACGCAGGAGACGAAGCAAUUGAAUACCGCACUGCGCGAGAAGAAGAUUCAAAGAGAAAUGAACUCGGAGAAAGAAGAGAAAGAUGGCGUGAGUCGGACCCAACCCGAGAAUAGGCCUCGAUCCUUCCAGGACCGCAAGACUUUUACCUGGGAGAACCUGAAUUAUCAUGUACCAAGCCCUAACGGCCAGUUGAGACUCCUGCAUGACGUGCGAGGGUUUGUGAAGCCUGGUACUCUAACUGCACUUAUGGGAGCAAGCGGUGCUGGCAAAACAACAUGUCUGGAUGUGCUUGCCCAACGCAAGAACAUAGGCGUCAUAACAGGUGACAUGCUUGUCAAUGGAAGACCUUUGUCGUCGGACUUCGCUAGAGGCACUGCGUACGCGGAGCAAAUGGACGUUCAUGAAGGAACUGCAACUGUUCGAGAAGCAAUGCGUUUCUCUGCUUAUCUUCGACAGCCAGCUAGUGUACCCAAGGAGGAAAAGGAUCGAUACGUCGAGGAAAUGAUCGAGCUUCUUGAACUUCAAGACCUUUCGGAGGCACUUGUAUUCUGCCUUGAUAUGGAGGCCAGGAAGCGGUUAACUAUCGGCGUUGAACUUGCCAGCAAACCAGAAUUGUUACUCUUUUUAGAUGAGCCGACUUCUGGUUUGGACGCACAGAGUGCAUGGAAUCUUGUCCGUUUCCUCAGAAAAUUGGCCGACCAGGGUCAAGCUAUCCUCUGCACCAUCCAUCAGCCCUCGUCGCUGUUAUUUGAGAGUUUCGAUCGACUCCUUCUGCUCCAGCGUGGCGGUGAAACCGUUUAUUUUGGCGACAUCGGCAAAGAUUCUUUGACGAUUCGGGAAUAUUUUGCUCGCUACGGUGCUGUGUGUCCGUCGAACAUCAAUCCAGCUGAGUACAUGCUUGAGGCAAUCGGUGCGGGCCUCACUCCUCGUGUCGGGAAUCGAGAUUGGAAGGAUAUCUGGCUCGAUUCGCCGGAGUGUCGCAAAGUCAAGGAGGAAAUAGCAGCGAUCAAGAGAGAGGCCUUAUCGCGCCCAACCGAAGAACAAGGGAGGAUGAAUGCUUAUGCGACGCCUUUCUGGUACCAACUGAAGGUUGUCGUCCAACGGAACAACACAGCGCUGUGGCGGUCUCCGGAUUACAUCUUCAGCCGACUUUUCGUAUCCACCUUGAUCUCUUUGUUCGUAUCACUCUCCUUCCUGCAAUUAGGAACGAGCGUUCGGGAACUCCAGUUCCGGGUCUUCGCUAUAUUUUGGGUUGUCGUACUCCCGGCCAUUGUUAUGUCACAGAUCGAGCCAUUGUUCAUAUUCAAUCGGCGAACCUUCAUACGAGAAUCAUCCAGUCGCAUCUACUCUCCCUAUGUCUUUGCCAUCGGCCAACUUAUUGGAGAGAUCCCAUACAGCAUUCUUUGUGGCGUUUUAUACUGGGUCUUAAUGGUCUACCCCAUGGGCUAUGGUCAAGGGAGUGCGGGCCUUAAUGGCACAGGGUUCCAAUUGUUAAUCAUUAUCUUUAUGUUGUUAUUCGGAGUGACUCUCGGUCAGAUGGUUGCUGCACUGUCGCCGAGCGUUCAGGUUGCGGUGCUUUUCAAUCCCUUUAUCGGACUUGUCCUAUCCACCUUCUGCGGAGUUCCGAUUCCUUACCCGACCAUGAAUGGGUUCUGGCGUUCAUGGCUGUAUGAAUUAGAUCCCUAUACACGUACCCUUGCUGCCAUGGUAUCAACAGAGCUGCAUGGCCUUAUAAUAAGGUGCAAGUCUGAUGAGUUCGCGGUGUUUGACCCCCCAGCUGGACAGACUUGCGGUGCUUGGGCAAAGCCCUUCGCCGACGUCUUUGGGGGUUACAUCGACAAUGAAACGGCUACCGCUGCCUGCCGAUACUGCCAGUUUUUAGUCGGGGACGAAUUCUAUCUCCCACUUAAUAUUUCCUUCUCGAACCGAUGGAGGGAUGCCUUCAUACUUUUCGCUUUCUUCGGUGAGACCUCCGCCUCAACAAUCUUCGAUGGUUACUGA